AUGUUUGACUGCUGGAGGUUUGUCCUGCGCAAGAAAACUGGACGCAACCAUCAUUCUUCCCGGAGAGGCUCCAAUGAGGCCGAAAAAGAAGAAGGUGACCCUCAGAUCGAUGUACCUGAUGUCCUCAGGCUUGUCAGAGACCCACCAGAGGGGUCACAUUCACCUGCAGAUGAAAUCAUGCACCGGGACAUCACCCCACUCUGCGCCGCGGACAUCCAGGACCAGCUGAAGAAGCGCUUUGCAUAUCUGUCUGGUGGGCGCGGGCAGGACGGCAGCCCCGUCAUCACCUUCCCGGACUACCCGGCCUUCGGCGACGUCCCCGACAAGGAGUUCCAGAAUGUCAUGACCUACCUCACCAGCAUCCCCAGCUUACAAGAUGCUGGCAUUGGAUUCAUCCUGGUCAUAGACCGAAGGCAGGACAAAUGGACCUCGGUGAAGGCAUCAAUCCUGCGAAUAGCAGCGUCCUUCCCAGCAAACCUCCAGCUCGUCCUGGUUCUGCGCCCAACAGGGUUUUUCCAAAGGACUCUCUCCGACCUCGCAUUCAAAUUCAAUAGAGAUGACUUCAAGAUGAAGGUGCCGGUCAUAAUGCUGAGCUCAGUACCAGAAUUACACGGUUACAUCGACAAGUCCCAGCUGACCGAGGACCUGGGUGGGACCCUGGAUUACUGCCACACCAGGUGGCUGUAUCACCGCACAGCGAUCGAAAGUUUCGCCCUCAUGGUUAAGCAGACAGCUCAGAUGCUGCAGUCCUUCGGGACCGAGCUGGCCGAAACGGAGCUGCCCAACGACGUGCAGUCGACGAGCUCAGUGCUCUGUGCGCAUACGGAGAAGAAGGACAGAGCAAAGGAGGACAUGAGGUUGGCACUGGACGAGGGGCAGAGCAUCCUGGAGAACAUCAGGGAGCCACUGGCCAAGAGCGGGGAGCAGAGCCUGAACCAGGACCAGCUGGAUAACCAGACCACUGUGCAGAGGCUCCUGGCCCAGCUGAGCGAGACAGAGGCUGCCUUCGAUGAGUUCUGGGCGAAGCAUCAGCAGAAACUCCAACAGUGUCUGCAGCUCCGGCAUUUUGAGCAGGACUUUCGAGAGGUCAAAGCCUCUUUAGACACACUGGCCCAGAAGAUAGCAACCUUCACCGAUGUGGGCAACAGCCUGGCGCACGCAGAGCACCUCCUGAAGGACCUCGCCAGCUUUCAGGAGAAGUCGAGUGCGUCUGUAGAGCGGGCCCGCGCCCUGUCCCUGGAGGGCGAGAAGCUCAUUGACAGCAAGCACUACGCCGUGGACUCCAUCCGCCCCAAGUGCCACGAGCUCCAGCACCUCUGUGACCAGUUCGCGGCCGAGGUGGAGAGGCGGAGGGGGCUGCUCAGCAAGUCCCUGGAGCUGCACGGCCUCCUGGAAGCAUCCAUGAGGUGGUGUGAUGAGGGGAUCUACCUGCUAGCCUCACAGCCUGUGGACAAGUGCCAGUCCCAGGACGGCGCGGAGGCGGCCCUGCAGGAAAUCGAGAAAUUCCUGGAGACCGGUGCAGAGAAUAAGAUCCAGGAGCUCAAUAAAAUUUACCAGGACUACGAGUCCAUCCUCACCAAAGACCUGAUGGAGCACGUGCAGAAGGUCUUCCAGAAGCAAGAGGGCAUGGAGGAGAUGUUCCACCGGAGACAGGCAAGCCUGAAGAAGCUGGCAGCCAAGCAGACGCGGCCCGUGCAGCCCGUGGCCCCCCGGCCAGAGGCGCUCACGAAAUCGCCCUGCCCCUCCCCAGGUGUCCGGAGAGGCUCUGAGAACAGUUCUGAGGGCAGCGCGCUCCGGAGAGGGCCCUACAGGAGGGCCAAGAGCGAGAUGAGUGAGAGCCGGCAGGGCCGGAGCAGCUCCACGGGGGAUGAGGAGGAAAGCCUGGCCAUCUUGCGGAGGCAUGUGAUGAACGAGCUCUUGGACACGGAACGGGUCUACGUGGAGGAGCUGCUCUGUGUCCUGGAGGGCUAUGCCGCUGAGCUGGAUAACCCGCUCAUGGUGCACCUCGUGUCACCGGGCCUCCAAAACAAGAAGGAUGUUCUCUUUGGAAACAUGGAAGAGAUUUACCACUUUCAUAACAGAAUAUUCCUGAGGGAGCUGGAAGACUAUGCAGGCUGCCCAGAGCUGGUUGGAAGGUGUUUCCUGGAACGGAUGGAAGAGUUCCAGAUCUACGAGAAGUAUUGUCAGAACAAGCCGCGCUCCGAGAGCCUGUGGAGACAGUGUUCCGACUGCCCGUUCUUUCAGGAAUGUCAGAGGAAGCUGGACCACAAGCUGAGUCUGGACUCCUACCUGCUGAAACCGGUCCAGAGAAUCACCAAGUACCAACUGCUGCUCAAGGAGAUGCUAAAAUACAGCAAGAGCUGUGAGGGGGCCGAGGACCUGCAGGAGGCACUGAGCUCCAUCCUGGGCAUCCUCAAGGCUGUGAACGACUCCAUGCACCUGAUCGCCAUCACCGGCUACGACGGGAACCUGAGUGACCUGGGGAAGCUGCUGAUGCAGGGCUCCUUCAGCGUCUGGACGGACCACAAGAAGGGCCACACCAAGGUGAAGGACCUGGCCAGGUUCAAGCCCAUGCAGCGGCACCUCUUCCUGCACGAGAAGGCUGUGCUCUUCUGCAAGAAGAGGGAGGAGAACGGGGAAGGGUACGAGAAAGCCCCUUCCUACAGCUACAAGCAGUCCCUGAACAUGGCGGCCGUCGGCAUAACAGAGAACGUGAAGGGCGACGUGAGGAAGUUUGAGAUCUGGUACAACGCCAGGGAGGAGGUGUACAUUGUACAGGCACCGAGCCCUGAAAUCAAAGCUGCGUGGGUGAGUGAGAUCCGCAAGGUGCUGACCAGCCAGCUGCAAGCCUGCAGGGAAGCCAGCCAGCACAGAGCGCUCGAGCAGUCCCAGAGCCUGCCUCUGCCCGCACCGCCCAGCACCAGUCCCUCGAAAGGGAGCACGAGGAACAUCAAGAAGUUGGAAGAAAGGAAAACUGACCCCCUCAGCCUGGAAGGAUACGUGAGCUCCACGCCGUUGCCGAAGCCCCCCGAGAAGGGCAGAGGUUGGAGCAAAACGUCUCAGCCCUCGGAGGCCCCUGAGGACAAUGACGGCUGGUCCAGUGCCGAGGAGCUGAUUAAUUCCUCAGAUGCAGAGGAGGAAGGCAGAGUGGGCGCCAGGAAGCUGGUUCCAGGAAAGUACACGGUCCUGACGGGCGACGAGAAGGAAAGCCCCGACGCGCUUGCCGUGAGAAGUGGGGACGUGGUGGAGGUGGUCCACGAGGGCGACGAGGGCCUUUGGUAUGUCAGGAACCUGACCUCCAGCAAGGAGAGCUGGGUGCCGGCCAGCAGUCUGUCCACGCUCCUCAGCACGUCCGGCUCGGCUCAGUGCCUGAGCAGCUCAGAGUCCAGUGCGGGGUCCACCCUGCUGAGCACCUCCUCCAGCUGCAGCGAGAGCUGUGGGGCCCCCCUCUCAGACCUCCAGGGGUAG